CUGAGGAAAGACAAACGUCAGAAAAAAAACCGAAACACUGAAGAAAUUUUUAACAUUACGUUUAUUUCCCUCACUCUCCCAAGAUAAAAUAAUUAGAAAGUUGACAGAGAAAAAUUAAAAAUUGAAAAUUCACUUCUUGAAAGUGAGUUUGUGAAUUUAAUCGUAAAAUCUGCGGAUUUUUUCCUCUUCAUUGUGAGUGAAUCUAAAUCAAAACACCGGCUCGACGAGUGGAAUCCGAAGGGGGCGAUGACAACGUAAACAAAAUUGAACAGAAUAGAGGUGACUUGGUUGAGUGAAAAUGACGAGUGACAAUGGAAACUGAAAUGAUGUGUUCGUUAAAAAUGUAGUCCAGUAUUUAAACCAAUAUUAUUACAAUUUUUUAAGGGUUCUGUUUCACUUUAUCUAUUAUUAUUAGACCUGGGGACUUAUUAUUAUUCACUCGAGAAGCUUGUGAUUAUUUUUAAUUGAAAGAUUAUUGAUCAGUGUCGAUUGAUAAACCAUGAAUAUCAUCAAAGCACCAGAAUUAAAACGAGGAAGAAAGAAGAAGAUCCAUCCAGCAUUUGAUUCCUCAAGGAAUGAACGCAAAGUUUCACGGUCGAAACGUGUUGCUGAAUGUGACAAAGUGAAGGAGAAAACGUUCGAGGAUGCAGAAAAUACCUCAAAGAACAACAAAAGGGGGAAAAAGGGGAGGAAAGCACUGGCUGAUGUGAAUCGUUUGUCAAUGGCUGGUCCAGUGAAGACGAUCGAUCGUCCACCCACACCGAUUAAAGCAUCUAGUUUUUACCACACUUCUGAAUCAAAACCCACAAAAUGCUUGAAUCCUUUCGCGAAGUCCAGAAACACCCACUCAGCAGAUCCAAAAGCUCCCCCAAACCUGCAAAACACAAUAUCUCCGAUUUUAUUCGGUAUGCUGACUCAAACAAAGCGAUCUCCUGCGAACUCACAAUGGGAGACAUUGGAAGAAAUCGAAAUUGCUGGAGACGAUUCUGACGAUUGCAUCGAGAUCCUCAGUGAAGAGCGAUUCUUGAACAUUAUAAGUUCCGGUAUUUCUCCUGAGAUCAACAAUAAUGGAAGGGAGAUGCCAAAGCUGAAGAAACACAUCCUAGAGCAAAGGAUUGCUCCAGCUCGUCCUCGACAGACUGAAGAACGUAAGAAUGAUAAACUGAGGAUCAGGGAAGUGAAGAUCUAUCACGAGCAGAACUUCAGUGUUCGAGAUUUCUUGGAGAGGAGCAAAAAUCCUUAUGAUUAUUUUUUCAACGCCAAUCGGAUUUGCUCUCCCAAUUCCACAUUAAUUGACUUCCUCACCAACUUUUUUCCCAACAUUAGAGCAGACGCAGUUGAAAGAAUGUAUGCGACUGCUAAAUACAAUAUGAGUUUCGCUGCCUUUGGGUUGAAUAGAAUGAAGACUUCACAUGGAUUACCCAGGGAUUGUUACGAAGUUGAAGCUGAAAAUAUCAGUCAACUUCAAGAGAUGAAAUUUGUCCAUAAUUUCUGCAAAAUGAUCAAUAAGAAUAUCGGCAAGUGAUUAUCUAGGCUUGUUGGACGUGUUGAAAUUAUUCGGAAAAUGGGUGGUUGGAGAGAAAAAUAAAUAAAGACGGUUUUUGUUGGUAAUUUUA